UUAAAAGAAUUUGAUUCUUUACGAAGUAUUUGUAGCUCAAUAGAUUAGGAAUUUUAUUUUGAUGUUUGAAGUUUCGAGUUCGAAUUUCCUUUUGCAAUAUCAGUUGUAUUAUAAAAUAAAAAUAAAAUUUGAUUCCUGGUUCUCCUUACUCUUUAUACCCUCUCAGUUUCAACCCCUCUCUCGAAACACAAACACAACAUGCAUAGACAUUUGUGUCAGAACUUGAUUCUCCUUUUGUCCUUGUGAGCUUUAAGAACUAGAGGAUCCCUUGUGUCAGAAUAAAAUCUAUAUCUCCCAUCUCUUGUUAGUCUUUUUGGUCCAUCCCUAUAAGAGUAAAACCCUAUUCCACACCAUGAAUCCAAAGCGCUUGUCUUUAAGGCCUAAUUAUACCACGUUUAAAUCUAGGUUCGCAAAAGGGUUUCUUCAAGCCUUGAAGAGAAUAAAUACGCAAAGAUCUAUAUCAUCAACGAAUGUACUACCACCUUCUCCUAGGGAGAUGUGUAGAAGGUAUUUGAGUGUUAAGAAUGCUGCUGAUGCAUCCAUGGCUUCGGCUGUUGGGACUAGAAGAGCUUGGAGCCGCGCUUUGCUUACGAAGAUUAAUCGAAGCCACAAGGGUUCACGGAUUUUUAAUUGUUCAUCAAGAAGAACUGACAACAGUAAGAAGAUGAUGAUGAUGACAAUGAUGAAGAAGUGUGAUGACGGUGAUGAGGAGGAGGAGGAGAAGGAGGAGAAAGAGACUGGUAUUGUUUGCGAGGUGAACCAACUUCGAAAGUUCGUACCAGGUGGGGAAGCCAUGGAUAUUUGCAGCUUGUUAGACGAGGCUGCACAUUACAUCAAGUGUCUCAACACUCAGGUAAAAGUGAUGAGAAAGAUUGCAGAUAUCUGCUCUGCUGCUUGAUCAGUUAUAUAUAUGUGUGUGUGUGUUUCAUUAAUCAUGGAUUGAUUCUAUAAUAUAAUAAAGCGGGGUUGUUCCGUACUAGUUUUUCUCUCCUGAGAUUAUUACGUUUACUGUUGAUAUCUUUGAUUUCUAUGUAGACGUUUUGAUGUACGGUCUGAAGUAUAUCUAAUGAAUAUUGUUAUUUUUCAUAAAGGAAACUUUU